UCUUAAGAAGCGAUAGGGUUUGUUUGUCUGCGGCGGUUCCUUGAGAGGCGGCGGAGAGGAGGCCGAGUUCCGGGAAAAUGGCGAGGGGAUUGAAGAAACAUCUGAAGAGGCUUAAUGCCCCGAAGCACUGGAUGCUGGACAAGCUCGGCGGAGCUUUCGCUCCAAAGCCAUCAUCUGGCCCUCAUAAAGCUAGAGAAUGCUUGCCCUUGAUUCUUAUUCUAAGAAACAAAUUGAAGUAUGCUCUCACAUACCGCGAAGUCAUUGCUAUUCUUAUGCAACGCCAUGUAAUGGUGGAUGGAAAAGUCAGGACCGACAAGACGUACCCUGCUGGUUUCAUGGAUGUUGUUUCAAUUCCUAAGACAAAUGAGAACUUUCGUCUUCUUUAUGACACCAAGGGACGCUUCCGUCUCCAUUCAGUAAGAGAUGAAGAGGCAAAGUUCAAGCUGUGCAAGGUUCGCUCUGUCCGGUUUGGCCAGAAGGGCAUCCCCUACCUGAACACAUAUGAUGGUCGAACCAUUCGCUACCCGGACCCUCUUAUCAAGGCCAAUGACACCAUCAAGCUCGACUUGGAGGCCAACAAGAUCGUAGACUUCAUCAAGUUUGAUGUCGGAAACGUUGUGAUGGUGACCGGCGGGAGGAACACUGGCCGAGUUGGUGUUAUCAAGAACAGGGAGAAGCACAAGGGCAGCUUCGAGACCAUCCAUGUCCAAGAUGCCACCGGCCACGAGUUUGCAACUCGCAUGGGCAAUGUCUUCACCAUCGGCAAGGGGACGAAGCCAUGGGUGUCUCUUCCCAAGGGCAAGGGUAUCAAGCUCAGCAUCAUCGAGGAGGCAAGAAAGCGCUUGGCUGCCGCUGGCGCAACUGCCACUGCUUAGUUGUGCGCUUUUCCACCAUCUGAGUUAUGCUAAGAGGGCUUUUUAUUUGCUGUGUAAUUGGAUGAUGCAUUCUGGAUUUCAAACGUUGUCUUUAGUCAAUUUGCAUGUUGGUUUUCUUUGGAGAUUUGUAGAAGAUGAUAGACAUUGUAGUACUUCAACCCAUUCAAGUAAUAUGUAUGUAUAUGGCAUUAUAAGCCGUGAACUAUA